AUGAAACUGCAUUUAUUUCGCAAUGUUCUGCCUCGCUAUUUUCAUAAUAAAACACGUUUGCCUGAACUUGACUUUACUAAACCAAUAAGUGAUCGUCUCAGAAAAACUUCUAUGAAAGAACAAACAUAUGCAAACACGAAUAAUGAUGAUGAUGAUGAAUCGUUAUUGAAAGUUUCUCUACGUGGUCAAUGUCUCUUUGGUUUAUAUCCAAUUGAAAUAGCACUGAAAACCAAGCAUCGCCAAUUUUAUCAAUUAUUUCUUAGUAAUACCUCAAAUGAAAAUCGUCCAAUCAUACAAAAUAUUCAGCAAUUAGCAGAAAAUUUAUCAAUACCAAUUAAAUACACAAGUACAAAUACUCUUGAUCGCUUAUCAUUUGAUCGACCACAUCAAGGUGUUUGUCUCGAUUGUUCACCAAUACCGACUCAAGAUAUUGAACAAACAAUAGGAAUAAAAACUACUUCAAAUAAAAUUUCUUUAGAUUUAUGUCUUGUUAAAAUUCAUGAUCCAAUGAAUUUAGGUGGAAUUAUUCGUACAUCACACUUUUUUGGUAUUGAUAGAAUUAUUUUGACUCGUGGCACAUGUCAACCAUCGCCAGUUGCUAGCAAAGCUAGUUCAGGUGCACUUGAAUUAAUGCCUAUAUAUACAUGUAAUGAUUUAAAUGCGUAUUUAACUUCAUUACACAAAGAAAAUAAUACAGCUCUCAUUUGUGCUGCACAUCAAGGAAAUACUUCAUUACGAACAUUCCGUUUAGAAGACGUCAAGAAAAAAUUUUCAACUACAAAUUUACAACGUAUUAUUGUACUGAUCGGAAACGAACAUGAAGGAAUUUCGGAGGAAAUAGUGAAAAUGUGUCAUUAUAGUGUAUGCAUUCAACCAAAUAGUGAUAGUGAAAUAUCUUCAUUGAAUGCAUCUGUUGCUUGUGGUCUUUUCAUGUACCAUAUUUCUGCACAAAUGUAA